GUGUCAGUGGGGGGAAUAGUGCCCCAUCAUUGGUGUCAGUGGGGGGAAGAGUGCCCCAUCAUUGGUAUCAGUGGGGGGAGGAAUAGUGCCCCAUCCUUGGUGUCAGUGGGGGGAGGAAUAGUGCCCCAUCCUUGGUGUCAGUGGGGGGAGGAAAAGUGCCCCAUCAUAGGUGUCAGUGGGGGGAAU